GUUUGGUAAAGUAAAGUAAGACUGUCCUUGAAGUAAUGUUGUGACUGUGACAGCUGACAGGAUGGUGACUGCUGACGGCUGAGGGCUGUUCCUCGCAAACCAAGUGAGGCAGCAGCAGUAAGGAGUCGGCAGGUGUUGGCUGGUUGUUCAUCUGUGCCGUGCCUGUGUUGGUGGCAGGGAGGAUGGUAGAGGUGUGUGCUCAGGUGCUGGGUGGACCAGUGCACCUUGCAGGGGACACCGUGCAGGUCUGCGUCACUGUCACCUCGCCCUCACUAGACCCUGCUCUGCGUGCCCAGUCCAGUGAUGUGUGUGAUGUGGUGGCGUGGGGCAGUGCUCAAAUCCACUGCCAGUGCUCAGUAAAUGAGGCACGGGUGAAGCUUCCACCCACCAGUCCACGCCAGGCUGAAGAACAAGCAGUAACCAAUGCAGACACAUCUUUCGCACCGUGCCGUGGGGAGCGCGGUCGGGUGGUGCUGUCCACCAAGCCCAAGAUACUCUUCUGUGACCUGCAGCUCUUGCCAGGGGAAAGUAGAUCAUUUGUCUACAAGGAAACGCUCCCUUGUGAUGCCCCACCCACCUACCGUGGACAGCUGCUCAAGUAUGCCUACAAGAUUACCAUCGGCACUCAGCGUCUGGGCGCCCCAACCAAGCUGCUGCGUAUCCCCAUCAUGGUCAUUGUGCUGCAAGGGCUGAGUGAGGCUUGUGUGUACAGUGAGAGUGGUGAAUUGGCACCAUCCAAUCCCUUCCUGCACACCCCACAGCGUGACACUCCAAGACACACUGCCCUGCAGAUCAUUCAGAAUGUGUCAACCCGCAAGAACCUGAGUCAGUACAACAUCACUAAUACAAGAGGGAAGGUUGUCAGGUUCUGUAUAUACAAGACCAGCUUCAGACUAGGCGAGGACAUUGUGGCCACCUUUGACUUCAGUGACGCAGAGAUCUCCUGUGUACAGUAUUCUGUGACCCUACAAAGUGAAGAAGUCAUUGCGGAAAACUGUCGGCAGCGAGCAUCACAGAAGUCCAUGUUGGUGCCAUACAGCAAGACUCAUGAGGUGUGUCUCAACCUGUCCCACACACACCUGCUGCUGCCCAUUCCACUGCACAUCACUCCCACCUUCACAACUGAUCUGGUGAGUCUCCAGUGGCACCUGCACUUUGAAUUUGUGACGAGUGUGACUGAAGUCAAGGGACCGUCACCUUUGGCCAGCAGCAAGGAUCAGCUGGAAUGGCGUGCUCCAACUUCCCUAGAUAUUGAAACUAUGGUGUGGGACUUGCCCAUCACCAUCCUACCCACCACCCCCAGCCAGGUGGCCCAGGCCAUCUGCAUGCCAGCCCAGCACACACUGCCACUCUGACCAUCAUAGUCCAGCAGUCAGUGUGUAGCCAUGCACACACACACACACACACACACACACACACACACACACACACACACACACACACACACACACACACUCUCUCUCUCUCUCUCUCUCUCUCUCUCUCUCUCUCUCUCUCUCUCUCUCUCUCUCUCUCUCUCUCUCUCUCUCUCUCUGUCCCAACUUCAUAUUAACCAGGAUAUUGAUUUAUGGGUAAACUGAACUUUGAAUAAACAACUGUCAUUGUUGAACUAGUUAUAGAAUAAUCUGUCCGGAAUAAUGAAGAUAUGCGCCACAUUGGCCAAGCAACUAAUUCUUCCCCAGCAAAGACAGUUUCGUGCAGGCUACUGUUUGAAGACUGCUGGUUAUUGCAUUAACGUUGUAUUAUAAUCAAGACAAAAAAUAUGCCAACUGUUUUCCCUCACAGUUCACUGGGCUCAUUUCACAAAUAGCUAAGCCAACUUGGGUCUGAGUUUUAGAUAAUGUAUUUUAUUAUGACAGUAUUCUCUGAAAAAUAAAUAUAUUGUCAUA